UUUAUUAAAUCUGAAACAACAUCAAGUCUGCCUGUACUGGUUCAGGGUCCAGGUGUAUUUUAAAAAUGCAGACUAAACGUGCUGGAAAACAAUGAAAUGAAAAAUAGAUUAAUAAAAAUUGGUAUUUCAUUAAAUAUAUUUUAAAAUCUGGAAGUAAUGAGGCCUAACUAAGUAUCUGCUAUAUAAAUAUAAUUUGUUAUUUUCCAACCUCCGGAAUGUGUCUAGUUCUUUAAAAGGCCACUAGAUGGAACUCUACAAUGAGCAAUUCACGGGGUCUUAAAAUGUUAAUGCAACAUUAGUAUUUAUGAAGCUUUGCAAAAAUAAACUUUUAGAAUAUAGUCUCACGUCAGCAUUUGGUCAUAGGGUAGCUUAGUCAGGCUUUGACAGUUUUCUCUGUUGAGCUGUUUUAGAAAGGAGGGACUUCUGCUGGCCGGCAGGUUGUGCGCACUGCUCCUUUAAUGUGUGAGCCGAUUUUCAGCCAACAUCUACUACCGGCUAAGCGGACCUCCCCCUGCUGGAUUAUUUAUCAGGUGAUCAGUCCCAUGUCGCCAUCUGCUAAAAGAAGAGAAAACAGCAAGAGUCUACGAGAUAUACGAUAGGAUGCAUUAACUGGGCAGAAAAAGUAAACAAACAAUAAAUAGGUAGAUAGUUUACAGGACUGAGGACGCCUUGUGCAACAGGUGUUUGGAGGAAUCCUGCUUGUCAGGUGAAGCUGAAGCGGAUAUUUUAUUUAAUAAGUCUAAGGAAUACUGUAAGUGUUCAGUGAGUUUUAUUACAGCAUGGAAAAAAGUCUGAAAUCCUAAUUUUUGGAACGGAUUUCGUUUUUCCUCGUCGCUCCAUAAAUACGCAUGGAGCAAUAAUUAAGUCUGUCCACUGAAUUAACCUGGAGACUGAGGUGACCGGGGGGGUUUAUGGAUGCAGCGCUGCUGACUCGGUGAACUACAGGUAGGGUGGGGGGGUCAAAGUAGGCAACCGGAGGAAAAGCCGUCUAGCCCGCAGCAGCCUGCAGCCAUGGUGGUGGAGGGGGACAGGGCGCUGCUUGCAGCCAGGCAGGGAGACGUUCAGACGCUCAAAACGCUCUUAGCUGCAAAGGUCCUCAGCAGCGAGGUGAAGGAUGUGCUGGGAGCCUCACCGGUCCACCACGCAGCCCGGGCAGGAAAGCUGGCCUGCCUGCGUUUUUUGGUAGAGGAUGCGGGACUGCAGGGGAACUGCGUGGCCAACAAUGGGGCCAGUCCCGCUCAUGAUGCGGCAGCCACGGGUAACCUGGCCUGCUUACAGUGGCUGCUGACCCAGGGGGGGUGUCGGCCAGAGGAUAAGGACAGCUCUGGAGCCACGGUUCUCCACCUUGCGUGUCGCUUCAGUCACCAGGAGAUCACUGAAUGGCUGCUGAAGAGUGGUGAGGUGGACCCUGGUGCCUCCACAGAUACAGGAGCCCUUCCUGUCCAUUAUGCUGCUGCCAAGGGAGACCUGGCUUCUCUCCGACUGUUACUGGGACACAGCCCAAAUGUUGUCAACUCCCAAACUAAGAAUGGUGCCACGCCACUCUACCUGGCCUGCCAGGAGGGUCAUCUGGAGGUUGUCCAAUACCUGGUUAAGGACUGCGGGGCAGAUCCGAGCAUCAGAGCCAAUGAUGGGAUGACAUCUCUGCACGCUGCUGCUCAGAUGGGCCACAACACUGUUAUCGUCUGGCUGAUGAGUUUUACAGAAAUCAGCCUGACAGACAGGGAUGGUGAUGGUGCCACAGCCAUGCACUUUGCAGCCAGCCGGGGUCAUGCAAAGGUGCUCAGUUGGCUGCUGCUGCACGGGGGAGAGAUCGUCACUGACAACUGGGGAGGGACCCCCCUUCAUGAUGCUGCAGAGAAUGGUGAACUGGAGUGCUGCCAGAUUCUUGUGGUUAAUGGGGUGGACUUGGGCAUACGGGACCAGGAUGGCUUCACAGCUGCAGACCUUGCAGAAUACAAUGGCCACUCCCAGUGUGCCAAGUAUCUGCGCACAGUGGAAAACAUGAGUGUGGAGCAUCGCGUUUUGUCUCGAGACCCCUCAACUGAGCUUGAGUCUAAGCAGCCAGAUUCGGGCCUCUCGUCUCCAAACACCACCAUGCCUCCAGCCAACCAGGCAGUACACUUCGACAUCGGUUCACCAUCCAGCUCUCUGUCCAACUAUGACUCUGCCAACUCCAGCCAGUCCAGCACCGGGGAGAAGAGAAGCAGCCUUACAACAUCUCGAGGCCCUCCUACCCAGCUAAAUACAGUGGCACAUCAAGGUGCACCAGAAUCAGCUAUUUCAGACAUGCAGGCCUACAUGGAUAUGCUGAACCCAGACAUCGCUGCUAAUACGGAUGAGACAAUUGCCGUUGCUGUAUCCAAGCCUCCACCACCUCCAACAUAUCCUCCACCACCUCCUCCUCAAGCUCCCCCAGGGCCCCCACCUGCCCCUAGCUAUCCAGCGCCCCAGCCUCCUCAAGAGCCGCUAUCAGCCGAGUUCCUGAAGGUGAAAAGCAACUUGCGGCAUGUGGACAAUAAAAGCAGCAAAAAGGAGCUAACCCCAGAAGAGAGCCACGACAAACUGCGGCGAGUGGAUUCAAACCGGAAGUCGAGGAGCUUCAACAAACAGCCCAGCACUGGGGAGUAUUACAAAAGUUUGGGCAACGACACAGCGGGGCCCUGUGGGAGCAAAGGCAUGGCGCCCAAUGAGGAGGGUUCUGUGUUAUUGGAGGAGUCAAAUGAAAGUCCAAACCCAGCCUCUGAAAAUGGCACCACAGAGGAAUCUGUGCCCCCUCCACAACCACCUCCACCACCUCCUCUUCCUCCCAGCAAUCCAAUGCCAACACCCCCUCCCCCUCCUCCACUACCCACUGGGACACAAGCCACCCAGAAUAAUGGCAACACCACCCCCAGCUCCAAUGACAAGAGGCGCCCGUCUUCCUCAUCAGGAAGCACAAAAUCUUUCAACAUGAUGUCCCCCACCGGAGACAACUCAGAGCUGCUGGCAGAGAUCAAAGCAGGAAAAAGCCUCAAGCCCACACCUCACAGUAAAGGCUACACCACUGUGUUCUCCAACACAGGGCCAACAGGAAACAAUGGAACCACCACACCUCCAGAGACUCAGUCAUCUCCCUCACCUGCCAAACCACCCUCCCCUCCACAAUCCAGCCCACCUGUUACCACCCCACCUGUCACCUCCUCACCUGUUACCUCCCCACCUGUAACUUCCUCACCCGUUACCUCCCCACCUGUUACCUCUCCACCCAUCACCCCAAGCCCGAGCCCCAGUCCCAGCCGGAGUCCUACUGGUUCCAGGACCAUGUCAGCCUCGACAAGCUACGAGCAGCUUUCCUCCAACUCCGUGGUUAAUGGGAAUGGCGGAGCUGGUGUGGCGGAGUCAGGAAGGAAGACAAGCCUCGCCGACAUUGAGGCGCUUGUGCCCACUCAUGACGAGCAGGGGAAAGCCAUCCCUGAGUGGAAGAGGCAGGUGAUGGUGAGAAAGCUUCAGGCCAAGAUGCAAGAGGAGGAAGAGCACAAACGCAAGGCUGAAGAGGAAGCGAAGCGGUUGGCUUCAAUGCCGGCCUGGAGGAGGGAUAUGAUGAAGAAGAAAAUGGAUGAGGAGAGAUGUGACAGGGAACAAAAAAGAAAAGCAGAACAGCAGGCCAAGCAGGCGAAGGAGACAGAGGAGAAGCAGGAGCUGGAGCGACUACGGACCCUGGGCUACGAUGAGACCAAGCUGGCCCCCUGGCAGCGGCAGCUCAUUCUGAAAAAAGGGGACAUAGCCAAAAAGUGAACUGGAUCGUUCUUGCAGCGUUCUGCACCCUCACACACAUAGUCCAAAGCGCCUCCCUCCUUCAUUCUUUAAACUGAACAGAGAGAAGAGAGGAGAGCUUGUUUUCCCCUGACUUCUCUUGUGCCCCCAGCAGCUCAGGCCUCCUGUCUGUGGUUGCUGCUGUCCACACAAGCUGAGACUGCUCAGGUGAAACACAGCAGAGUGAUCUUACACCUUUUACUAAAAGUCUCCUGCUCACAAAUGGUUGUUCUUUUAGCACAGCAUUCCUGACAUGCACUAAACCUUUUUUUUUUCUUCUUUUUGCUAUUGUACUUAAGGCACUUAGUAUAAAUUACUCUUAGUUAUAUUUACAUUUCUGUAAAACUACAAAACACUGGAGUAUGAUUUCAUAUAAGGAGUUAAGGUUUUUGAUAGAUGUCGUUUGAGGCCGUUGUUGCUAUGAAAUUGUCUAUUUUUCAGUCAGUUUAACCUCUAGGUAAUGAAAGGAAAAUAGCAGUUUAAUGUCUUUUUAAAGCAGGUCUUAUCAUUAAGCAGCCAAUGUAUUCUGAGUAUAGGUAGAAUCCCAUCAAUGUGGUGUCUUAGUUAUAGAAUUUAGUAUCAAGAUUACAAAUGGAUCUGCUGUCCUAUAGGAAAGUAGUUCAGCUGUUUUAAAACCAAGGUUAAUCGAAAAGAUUUUAAUCAGUCUAUAUUUUACCUGCAGUUGAUUAGCAAUCAUGGUGUAAUUAUUCAGGAUAACUCCUUUUUCAUUGGCUCAGGAGGCUGAUUCUAACUGCUAAUCGGUUUAUGGCAGGUAUAUUAUCAUCCUUCAUCUUUAACUCUAGUUUAGGAGGUUAGUUACAAACCCUUUAUAAUUUACACAAAGUGUGUUGUUAGGGGUCUGUGUGCUGCAGAUGAUUUUCCUAUGUGAAACAUAACAGAAAAA